GAGAGGAAAGAGAGGGAAUGGAGAGGGAAACAGGGUGAUGUGUGUGCUGCGAAGUCAAAGCUGGGUGGGUCUACGCUGUUUUCACAUUCCCAAAUCAGUCCCGGGCCCGUGCGUCAGAGCACUUUCAGUUUUCAGAAGGCAACGAUGUUGAUGCUUGCUGGAAUCGUUGUUCUGCACAUCACCACCAUCAUCCUGCUCCUGGUGGCCGCCAUUGAUAAUGCCUGGUGGAUCACCAACACGGCGUCAACCGACUUGUGGGGCAGGUGGGAGUUGACCAACUCAGCCUGGCAUUACUCCAACCUGAAAGACUACCCAGAGGAAUACCUCCAGGCGGUGCAGGCCACCUCCGUGCUGGCCUGCAUUUUCGCCAUUCUGGCCUUGCUCGUGUUUGUGGCUCAGCUGUUCACCCUGCCCAAGGGCCAGAGGUUCACCUUCACCGGCAUUUUGCAGCUAAUCGCCUGCCUGUCCAUAAUGAUAGCGGCCUCGGUCUACACGGCCAAGCUCCACGCCAACGACACGGAGGGAGGCUACGGACACUCGUACGUGCUGGCCUGGAUCUCCUUUGUGCUCACCUUCAUCUUAGCCAUCACCUACCUCAUCCUGCGGAAGAAGAGCGAGUGAGAGGACACCGGGAACGAGGUCAGGCCUGGGAUCACCAUCCCGGUUUGAAUUUGAAUUAAUAAAUUGGGGGGGGUGGGGAGGAGAAACGUAAAGAUUGACGAACUACAUCUGCAGCUAGGAAAAAUGUGUGUGUGUGGGGGGGGGUAAUAAUGUUAGAUUGCUUACAAGAGCCAUUUGUUUAUAUUUUGAAUAUUACAAAUUGAAAUGGAGCUCAUGCUUACGUUACACAAAGGGCUGAACGUGACCAUUUUACUUCAUAGAUUUCUAUUCGAUUAAAAAGGGAGAGGAGCGCAGUGCGGGCUAAAAAAAAACGCUGUGAUGGUUGUGAUGAGGCGGGUGCUUAUUUCCUAGAAGUGUAACCAUAAAAUAAUGAAUAAAGCAAUGGUCUUUUAAAAUUCAGUUACAGAUACAAUUGGAGAAUAGUACAUAACCAUUAUGUAUAGGACUAGUUUGACAUUUUGAGAAAUAUAUAGGAUUUCUUGUAGAGGGUUGAUGCCAGUCUUGUAUCUGUGCGUUUAAGUGUAAAGCUACUGGCAGCGGAGGGAUAGCUUAGCAUAAAGACUGGAAACAGCUAGCUAAAAAGCAAAGUGUAAAUAUGAGCCACGUGUCGACCUAAACCAAACGAGAGGAAACGUGCUGGUUUGUGGACUUACCAGUCAUUGUGCUAAACUAAACUAAGCUAAGCCACUGCUGCGGAUAGCUUCACGUUUACCAGAGAGGAGCAAAGUAUCAUUCUUCUCAUCUAACUCUGCAAGAAAGAAAAGAGAAGUACUUCCAAUAAACUGCUCCUUUAAAAAAUGUUUUUAAAAUCAAACAAAGUUGACCGUGUGGGAGGAGGAAAGCCCUUUUGAGAUUAAAAGAAAACACUGAGAUGAAAGUGCUUAUCAUCCUGUAUAGCAUCGUGGUGAGGCUGACAGUUACUACUGCAGCUUUCCAGAUUGAAGGAGUGGAAAAUGACAAAUACUGUAUCUGUGAACGUACAGCAUGUUGGCAAAAUGACAGCAGUCCUACUGCAGAACAACCAGGAAAGACCAGCCUCAAUAUACAGCACAAGUAGUUUUAAUCAUGUAUCCUCAUUUUACAACUGAAGAAUAGUGUUUCCUUUUUUUAAUUUUGUAUCCAUGUACAUUGUAACCAUUAUAUUUUUGUAACAUUUUGUAUUUCUUUUAUGUUUAAUUUGUGUUUGUAGUUGGCUGCUAUCAUAAGAAAAGUACAUGCAAUGUGUACAGGUGAGAAUUCAGUGAACCAGGAUGGAGGUCAAUGUUGUUUAAUUUUACCAUAAUGCAAAACUAUGCAAUAGAAGGUUUUGUUUGUAAUUGCAUUGGAAUUCAAGCCAUAUCAUUUAAUAAAACAAAUUAUAACAACGGC